AGCAAAGAAGGGCAGUGAGAGGCAGGGGAGAAGCAAAAACCUUCCCUAUUCGCUAGCACUUUGCAUGUGAACUCCAGCUCAUCUCAGCUGAGCCGUGUAUCACCUUGGGUGUGCUCACACAAUCUGCCUAUCUCAAAGAACUCCUGGAGCUGCAGCCCGGCAUCUUGGAAAUAUGGACAGCCCCAGACAGAGCUUCCUCACAUUCUCCUGCAAAACACAGUACAGAUCAAUUUUAAAAUUCCGCAAGAGAGGGAAGGAGAUGGUGGAUUAUGUUGCGGAUUACCUGGAGAAGAUAGAGAAACGACAGGUAUUCCCAGAUGUGGAACCAGGAUACCUACGGCCCCUCAUCGCAGACUGUGCACCCCAGGAUCCUGAGAGCUUUGAGGAUGUCUUUAAAGACAUUGAGAAAAUCAUUAUGCCAGGGGUGACUCACUGGCACAGUCCGUACUUUUUUGCCUACUUCCCUGCAGCCUCUUCCUUCCCAGCUCUUCUUGCAGAUAUGUUGUGUGGUGGAAUAGGAUGUGUGGGCUUCUCUUGGGCUGCAAGUCCAGCUUGCACAGAGCUGGAGACUGUCAUGUUGGAUUGGCUCGGGAAGAUGGUUAAUUUGCCUGAGGAGUUUUUAGCUGGGAAGGAUGGCCAAGGGGGAGGAGUCAUUCAGGGAAGUGCAAGCGAGGCCACCCUGAUUGCACUGCUUGCUGCAAGGACAAAGACUAUCAGACAGGUACAGUCAGAGAAGCCUGAGCUAACAGAAACAGAGAUCAUGGGCAGGCUGGUGGCUUAUGCUUCUGAUCAGGCUCAUUCAUCUGUGGAAAGGGCUGCACUAAUUGGUGCUGUGAAGAUUAAAAAUGUUCCUUCAGAUGACACAUUUAGUGUUUGUGGUUCAGCCCUGAGGAAAGUUCUGGAUGAAGACAAAGCUGCUGGUUUUAUACCAUUCUUUUUCUGUGCAACACUUGGAACUACCCCUUGCUGCUCCUUUGACAAGCUGUUAGAACUGGGUCCUAUUUGUAAUAAGGAAAAUAUCUGGAUGCAUAUUGAUGCAGCCUAUGCGGGAAGUGCUUUCAUCUGCCCUGAAUUCAGGCAUCUUUUAAAUGGAGUGGAGUUUGCAGAUUCAUUUAACUUUAAUCCUCAUAAAUGGCUCCUAGUGAAUUUUGAUUGCUCUGCAAUGUGGGUGAAAAAAAGAUCAGAUUUAAUAGGUGCCUUUAAAUUAGAACCUCUUUACCUGCAGCAUCACCAUCAGGAGUCUGGUCUUGUAACAGAUUAUCGGCACUGGCAAAUCCCCCUGGGCAGGAGGUUCCGCUCCCUGAAGCUCUGGUUCGUACUGAGGAUGUACGGGGUCAAGGGGCUGCAGGAGCACAUCCGCAAGCACGUUAGACUGUCGCAUCAGUUUGAACACUUAGUCCUUCAGGAUGAAAGGUUUGAGAUCUGUGCUGAGGUUGUUUUGGGACUGGUCUGCUUCCGGCUGAAGGGCUCAAAUGAACUAAACGAGGCACUUCUAAAAAGCAUAAAUGAUGCCAAGAAGAUCCAUCUGGUCCCGUGCCACCUCCGAGAGAAGUUUGUGCUACGUUUUGCUAUUUGUUCCCGCACAGUGGAAUCCACCCACAUCAAGUUUGCCUGGCAGCACAUCUCACAGCUGGCAACUGAUCUUCUGAAAACAUGGGAGCAAAACCACCACCAGCAGUAACAAGCAGUGAAGUAUAAGUGAAGAUGAGGAUGCACAUAGCCAAGGAGAAUCGAGCUGUCAUUUCUUACCAGUUUGUAGUCAAGAGCCUUUGUUCAACCAAACAAUGGAAAUGGAAGGGUUGGUGCUCCCUCCAUUGUCCUUGUUCACUUGUAGCACACCCCCUCCUUUCUUCACAGAUGAAACUAAGAGGUCCUAUAGCCAAUUAAUUUAACAUUACUGUGACUGCAGGAAGAAGCCAUGUUGGGGAAGUUUAGUUCAGUUUGUAAAUAUGUUAGUAUCUGAAUAGGUAUGCACAAAUGUUGCCAGGAUUUGGGGCACUAUCAUGUCAUGAUACACUUGCUGCAGGAGUUUUGUAAAUGAACAAAGGAAAAAGGACUUCAAGACUUCCUUCCAUAGCCAGACUUAGGGGAAUGAGCACUAACUGAUUACUAAUCAUCCUUCUGGCAGGUUCUCUACUUUCCCUGAAAUGGUUUGCUUUUAAAACAGCCAUUUUGUCAAAUUCCAGCAAAUAGGUUAUGCUGGCUAUUGGUUUUCAGAUUUAUCAUUCAUAAUGAGGUCCCUGAAAAGCUCCUCCUAAAGAGUUUUGUCAAAAGCUAUGUGCUACCUGGUAUUCUAUAUUUUUAAUCAAGUUAUUAUCAGCAGUGAUUACUUGAAAAUAGUCUGUAAGAUAUGUUUUGCGAAACUGAGUUGUGAUUUGUUUUUAUGGCUACCAUUUUGAUUACUUCAUGGUGUAAUAAAUCUUUGUCAAAAUGUGCUAAGAAAUGUGACGUCAAAAAAUACUACUCUUAGUUUCUCAAAUUAGCUAGCAAACGAGUAAGCAAGUGGCAAUAAAAACAUGAAGUAAGAGAACAAACCCCCAAAAUCAGCUGUGGCGCUGAAAACCACCCCAUCAGUGGUUUUCUUCCAUUAACAGUGAUGAAUGGAAAAUGAAAAUACUGGAAAACCUCUUUCUGAGAAAGCCAAAUCAGAUAUAUUUGACACAAACCAUUGAUACAUCAUCCUGUCAAAGGCAGGCAUAGUAAAGAGCUAAAAUGAAAGUUGGAGGUGAAAGUCAGAAGAAUAUCAAGUCACAAAGUACUUUUGCCAUUUUAAAAACAUAAAUUCCAGACAGUUAUUUCUGUGUAAAGAAGAACAACAUAAGUGGCUGCUCCAAGAAAAAUAAUAUGUAGGAUUAAUUUCUACAUCUGCAUUUCAAUCUUCCUUUUUAAUGCUCAUAUUAACUUCUACAGCCUCUUGAGCAAUGUGCACAAUUAUUCAGCUUUCUUCUUCCAUCCCUUUCAAGUAUACUUCCUACAGUUGGAAAGUUGCAAGUAGACCAGGGAAAAUGGAUCAGGACAGUUAAUUUGGCACAUGAUCUGCUCCUACCCCUGCCUUUCAUAAUCUCUCACUUCUAGGGUGCAAACUGGGAAGGACUGCUAUUUCCAUAAGGAACUGAUUUCCCAGGUAACAGAUGAAGAAAGGGAUAACCAAUGAAUUUGAUAAAGCGCAGUAAUACUUGAGCAGGUGACUGACACUGUCAGCUACAGUGUCAGAAAUUUGGAUAGCAUCAUUCUCUUCAGGAGAAUCAAUAUGAAAUUCAGCUUUUCUGUGGUAGCACAAUGCAGUAGAUUGGUAGACUGAAGAGAGUGGAAAAUGCUGGAAGUUGUUCCCUUUCUCUGUUACUGGGUUUUUUUAAAACAACCUUAUUCAGAUCUCAUGACCUGGAAAACAGCGUUCAUCCAUAACAUGUAUCUUCCACACUGAUACAAUUUUACAACUUUUACUUUAUGAAAAUUCUAGAAUCUUGGAGCCAAAGAAUUACAUGCUCUCUGUGAGACAGACCAGUAUUUUGUAUGUGAAAUAUAUAAUCAGGAUUGUACAGAAAAAAAAAAAAAAAAAAAAGAUCAGAUUUGGAUCAAAGCUAUCACAGAGUAAAUCCAGGAUAAUUCCACUGAAAUGAAAUGGAGUUGCUCUGGGUUUAGGUGACUAUGAUUGAAAUUAAAAAUCUGGCUAAUAAGUAUUGGAAAACAAAGGCAUAAGGUAAGGCACCCCUAAACUGAACAUAAGAAGAUUCUGCUGGAAAUCUGCUCCAUGGAAACAAGAGCAGAGAUGAAUGAUGCCUGCCUGUGUGAGCCUCAAACUGCUGUAAAACUGGCAUGCAGGCAGGAUGCACACCCAAACCUAGGAGAGGUGAAAUGUCCUCAACAACCCAGAAUUAGACAUAGAUACUUUUAGACAUUUGUGGGAAAAUACUGCCAAAACUGACAUUCAAUUAAACAUUUUUCAAUAUCCGGAUAUCAGUUUAAGAAGUGGCUGUUGUCCAGAUACAGAAACUCCUGUUGGCAAAGAAUUGAAGAUAAAGGCUAAUUUAAAAUAUAGAUGGAGUAAAAGUCCA